AAAAAAAAAAAAAAUUAUGAUUUUUUUUUUAAAAAAAAGUCCUACAAAUUAAGGGGCCCCCUUAAUUGUUUUGCUAUCUUCCUCUACCCACUUCUUAAAAUAAAGAAAAAUCCACUUGACAUAAAGCCACUAUAUUACUUGUUUACUAAUCCAUAAAUUACUAAUUAGGUACUACUACUAAUUAUUAUUUCCUACAAUAUUAAAUUAAAUAAAAUCCCUUACCCCACAAAAAAUUAAUAAAAUAUUUUUUCUUCCUUACCAAACUCCUACCUUACUUUUUAUAAAUAACCCAAAAUUCUCCCUCAAUUCUUCCUCAACUUCUCCUCAAUAAUAUUCUCCAAAACCCCAUAAAAUAAAUCAAAUUUUUUAUGUAUUGGUCUUCUCAUAUUUUUUCUCCUACAUAAUUUGUUUCAAAACAUCCAAACAUUAUGACAAAAGCAGGAAAACUUGGAAAAUUACUCAAGAAAAUGCAAUCAAUGGGAAGAACAUCAUUCAACCACCGCGAAAAUGAUCAUAUUCAUCACACAAGUUUAAGCAGAAGAAACUCAACUUCAACAUCCUCCGUUGUUGCUACAAAGUACAACAACAUCUCUUACGACGACGACUCGUCUCCGGAACCUUUCUCUACAAGUAAUCUUUGUCCGGUUUACGUAGGAAAGUCUAGGAGGAGAUACAUGGUUACCUCGGAAGUCCUUGAACACCCGCUUUUUCGAGAGCUCGUAGAACGAUCGUCCGGUGGUGGCGGGGCCGAGGAGAUAUCGGUAGGGUGUGAGGUGGUGUUGUUUGAGCACUUGCUAUGGAUGCUUGAUAAUGCUGACCCUCAACCUGAGUCUUUGAAUGAGCUUGUGGACUUUUAUGCUUGCUAAUAAUUAAUCAUGGAAGUUCAUUAAUUGAUUAAUUAAUUAAUGUUUUUUAUUUCGAAUUUUUUUGGAGGUAAUUAAAUUGGAUUUUUUUAAAUUUACUCUCCUUUUUUUUAAUAUUUUUUUUUUUCAGAGAGCUUGUAAAAUUUUCUCACCCUAAUUAUUAACAAAUAUAUAGUACUAUAUAUAUGUACUUCUUGUACACAUAUAUAGGAAAAAAAAAAUGUGAAUUAAAACAAUUAUGGGUGAAUUGUGCAAUUAUGAUUAAACUUGACAUUAAA